CUGAGGUGUAUUAAAACUUAAGGGUCAAAUUAAAUCGUUUUUUGUUAUGAAUUUGUUGAGGUUAACUAGAAUAAUCACUGCAACUCCUCCAGCUCUUCCUGCUAGCAGCAACAGCUUCAUUUUUUAUCAGGCUCGACUCUAUUCAGACAUGGCGGCCCCAGGAAGCGAGAGAGUCUUUACAAAUUCCAAAGGAGACAGGGUCAUUCUUCCUCGCCUCCCUCCUGCCCUGAGCAAGGUUUACGUACCAGGACGGAUGUAUAAGUAUCAAGAUGAUGUAAAGAAACUCCCAGUGAUGCCCUUGGAUUACAUUGCAAACAAGUAUCUCAGCACCGUCGAGCCAUUACUGACUGAAGAAGAACUUGAGAGAACACGUGAGGUGGUGAAAGAUUUUACAAAGAAAGGGGGAGACGGAGAAAUGCUUCACAAGAGAUUAGUAGAAAGAGGAAACAAAAUGGAUAACUGGUUAAGUGACUGGUGGAAUUACUAUGCUUAUCUUGCAUUUCGUGAUUCUGUUGUCAUCAACGUUACUCCAGCUGUUGCCUACCCUAAACAAUACUGCCCGACAAGAGAAGAGUAUCUAAGAAAUGCUACCAAGUUUUUAAGUGUGACAUUUAAAUACAUGCUACUUGUUUUAAGUGAGUCAAUUCCUCCAGCUGUUUAUCGCAAUGUCCCACAAUGUAUGUCCCAGUAUAUGAGGUCUGGGUGCAGGAUACCGGGAGAAAUGGCUGACACUUUAAGGAUUAACUUUCCUCCGGAAAAACGCCACGUAAUCGUCAUAAGAAAAGGACAUUUGUACAGGUUAGAGGUAUUUUACGAUGCACCUGGUGGGGGCGUGACCAUUGCUCCUGCUAGCUUUCUUUAUGAGCAGCUCCGUUGGGUACUGGAAGACGCUAAAGAGAAGAACCCUUUACCUGUUAGCAUAUUGACGACCGAACAAAGGGACAACUGGUAUCACGCAAGAGAGAGAUUAAGGAAAAAUCCUUUGAAUAAAGAAUCAUGUGACAUUGUUGAAAAUGCUGUAUAUUGUAUUUGCCUUGAUGAGGGGGAUUCAGCUGUUUCUGUUACAGAAAAUGCACUGACAGACAGGGAGGCAACAAUAAUUGCUUCUCGUUGUCUCCAUGGCAACGGCUCCGCCCGAAACACAUCAAACAGGUGGUUUGAUAUCACAUCUCAAUUAGUAUUAGGAGAGGAUGGUGGGUUUGGUACUAUUCUAGAACAUUCUACAAUGGAUGGGCCAGCUGCUAUUACCACCAACCUGUUCACUAUUGACUUCAUUAACAGUGGGUGUGAUGUAUUCUCCGAGGAUUCAGACGUAGCACCUUCAGCUUUGAAACCGAUUGAGAAACUCAAGUGGGAUCUUUUGCCAGAAACUAUUAAAGACAUUGAAAAUGCAAAAAAUGCUAUAGACAAGUCAAUUAAUAAUUUGGAUUUGUAUGUACUCUGUUUUGAAGAUUUUGGCAAAAAUUUGCCAAAAAGUCUGAAAUUGUCUCCUGACGGUUUCAUCCAGGCAGCAAUCCAGCUUACAUACUAUAAAUUAUAUAAUAAACCAACAGCAGUCUAUGAGAGUGGUAGUAUCAGAUGGUUCAAGUAUGGAAGGACUGACACCAUUCGUUCCUGCACUAAUGAAAGCCACAAGUUCAUCAAGACCAUGACAAAUCCUUCAUCAUCAGCCCAGGAAAAAACAGAGUCACUAACCCAGUCAGUCAAAGCCCAUUCACAGUACACUGAAGAUGCAAUCUCAGGUAGAGGUGUUGAUAGACAUCUCCUUGGACUUAAGAUAUUAGCUAUGGAGUCUGGCCUGCCCAUGCCUCAGAUAUUCAAUGACACUGCUUUUGAAAAGAGCACUCAUUUUUGCCUCUCCACCAGUCAAGUCCCAGUGGCUAAUAAAGAUAUAUUCCUUUGUUUUGGUCCUGUAGUUCCUGAUGGCUAUGGCGUUUGCUAUAAUCCACAAGAGAAGAGAAUCUUACUAGCAAUAUCCUCAUUUCAUGAUUGUCCUCACACUGAUAGUAUACUCUUUGCAGACAAACUUAAAGAGAGUCUAAGGGAAAUGAAACAGGCAGUACUUGAUGCUGGUGAAAGCCCCAAAGCCAAACUAUAGACAUUUGUGUGUGACAUUUUCAUUUUAUUUUGUUAGUAUAUUGUAUGAAUCAUGAUAAGGUGAAGGACAUUGUAGCUUCCUUUAUUAAAUGAGCACACUUUAUAAGCUAUUGAUACAGUGAUAGCAAGUGUGGUGACAGUUACUUUGCAGUUAUAGUGUAGCUGAACCUCAAGAGUAUACGUAUACAAUGGCUAGUUUUAGUAGUGAAAACUCAGAAGGGACAGGAGAAGGCUCUUCCAUUUGUGUCAAUAUCUCCAAUGAUACCCCACAUCCAAAGAUAGUCCUUAUACUAGGUAAAGAUCACAAGGCUCCAUUGACUCCAGCCAUCAUUGAAGAAGCAUGGAGAGUAGUACAUAUUGGAAUGCAUGGUAAGAUAUCGUUUGAGUAUCCAGAAGACACUGAGGUUGGCAUUAGCUACCAGAGAGAGGACGGGACUGUCAUUACUCAAGGACCCCAUGCAGCUAAGCCUGGGACUACUUGGAAGUUUGAGGUUGAUUCUCAGUACGAUGAUGGCGACUUAAUUCAUGAAAGUCAAGCUCCUCCUUUGCCAAAUGGAGCAUUCAUGGUUUACAACAAACUCCCUGCAACUUGGUCUGGACGAAAGAUAAACGUGGCCCUCUACAAAUGUGGACAGGCUAUCAUCACCAAGAAGAACGUGCGGGUUGGAGACUAUGUUGAGCUCCGGCCAACAGACAAGCUUCAUAUUUGUCUCAUUGAAGCUGAUAUAUUAUCGGACGAUGUUGAUAGUCCUCUCUUUGGAUCAAAGAGCUCUGCCUCUUCAAGGGAAGACCUCAUCAAGGAGAUGAGUGAGGCAGAGUUCUCUCCAACGAUGAAGCUUGAUUUAAAGACCUACCCUAAUGGGGUCGAUGUGACCAUACAAGAAAAUGAAAUAAGCGGACAGAUAUUAUUUGUACCAAAGCCUCAUUACUAAGAAACAAGUUACAAAUACUUUAAUAUAAACAUUACUAUUUCACUACAUGAUGUAUUGAUGAUAAACUCUAACUUUCA